UCAGCAGCUGUAUGCGAAUUUGCUUGUUUAUGCCUAGUAUUUCAUGUGAACUAAACAUGUCUGCGUCUCUAGUUCGAGCGACAGUUAAAGCUGUCAGCAAAAGAAGAUUACUCCCUACAAGAGCUGCUCUGAUUUUGACUCCCUCUGCAGUCUCUAAGAUCAAGCACAUGCUGGAUGGCAAACCAGAAUAUAUUGGCCUGAGAGUCGGUGUUCGGACCCGUGGCUGCAAUGGGCUCACAUACACACUGGACUAUGCAACGAACAAGGGCACAGCAGAUGAAGAGGUGAUGCAGGAUGGUGUGACCGUGUUCAUAGAGAAGAAGGCCCAGCUAACCUUGCUGGGAACAGAGAUGGACUAUGUGGAAAGCAAGCUGUCCAGCGAGUUUAUCUUUAACAACCCCAACAUCAAAGGAACUUGUGGUUGUGGAGAGAGCUUCAACAUCUGACGCCGGGGGCCUGACACAGUUGACACGGCUCCCCUCCCUCUGCUCCUCUCCUGUCUUCCCUCUGUCCUCUCCAUUACACCAGAAUCCUUCAGUACGCACAGCGAUCCUCUGGUUCAUCGCCUCACUUAUGGACCUGCUUAUGUCCGUUUACUGUGACGCAUACACGUCAGAAAGCUUUAUAUUGGAACUACUUGUGAUGUUUUUGUGGGAUGAUACGUGACCUCCGGGAUAGUCUAAUCUAGGUCCUGUAGAAAGCGGUCUGAUGAGGGGUGUGGUCUGUGCGAAGGACAGGCAGGUACUGCUCUGUCAUUGGCUGGGUGUGGUACCUUGUGCCAGUGCUGCUCUACUCAUUGGCUGGGUGUGGCACCCCCUGUGUCAGUGCUGCUCUGUCAUUGGCUGGGUGUGGCACCCCGUGUCAGUGCUGCUCUGUCAUUGGCUGGGUGUGGCACCCCCUGUGUCAGUGCUGCUCUGUCAUUGGCCAGGUGUGGCUCCCUGUGUCAGUGCUGCUCUGUCAUUGGCUGGGUGUGGCACCCCCUGUGUCAGUGCUGCUCUGUCAUUGGCCAGGUGUGGCUCCUUGUGUCAGUGCUGCUCUGGCAUUGGCUGGGCGUGGCAGUUCAGUGGUCUCAUGUCAGUGUCCCCUCAACAGCACUACAGCUUCACACAAACGGUCUAACGCGAACAUGCACACACCUUCAGCAUGCUGAAUAUAUAUUGGUCUUGUUGUGGCAGUGUUUAUAGUGGUUGUGGUGUAUUUCCACUGUGCUAACUGGCACCAUACCCAGGCCUGCAGACUGGUCACUGGGGCACACAGGAUCUGUGGAGAGGUGUGUCAGAAAGGAGCCUAAACAGGUCACCUCAGUGUGCUGGCUGAAUACUGAACAUGGUUCAACUGUUACGCAUUUUAACAUUUCUGCAGUUCCUUGCCUUGCCGCCCCCUGUUCAAUAGUUUUUAUUUUUAUUUUAUUGUUUAUUAAAAAAUGAUCUGUUUUUUUGUAAUUUAUUUCAGCACACUGCACGGGCUCUGUUGUGCUGUGUAUGUAAAUGAUGAUGCAAGCCCCUAAGAGUACAGGAAAUGAUGUCAUCCAGAAUCUGGAUGUUUCAGAGUGGAGAGAAGUGUGCUUUGAUACCAACUUUAAGGUUGUAAAUUCUGUUUGUAUUUUUCUCUUGAGUGUAUGAAUAUAUACGAUGAAUGAAUGUCCCUUAACCCUGAAGCAACGCACAAUUAUUCUUUUUGUAGAAAUACAAAUGUAAUGGAAAAGCAGAUUCUGUUCCCAUCCCAGGAUUACUUUCUACAGUGUUAUGUCAGAAAUGUAACUAGUGCAAUAUGUGAACCGUAGGUGUGAUUGCCAUAAAUACAUUUUCAUCAAUGCC